GACUCUCAUCUCUCCAGCAUCUCCAACAAGAUCCGGUUCUUGAAUGGUCAGCCGAUUUGUGAAGUCUUGGGCGGUAUCUUCAGCCCUUCGGCCUCUUGCUACCCGGUGUUCCUGAUCGAGCCGGAGGACCUCAUCGGGGAGCCUGGAACCAGCGAGUACAGAUCUCCUGCCAAGAACUGUUGCGCGUUCCUCUGCGACGUUGAAAGGAGAUUUGAUGCGCUGGGCAUGGCAGUAGUCUUCAACAAGGACUUCGCCAGCUUCGGGGAAAGCAAGUGGAUGCCCUUGGCCCUGCCGUGCUUUGUGGAUAUCUUGGACGCGUUGAUCUUCGCCACGCAUGUAGAGGCAGAGCAGGUGGCCAACUUCUUCCUGAAGAGGAGGUAUGACGUUGAGGAUGUGGGCCGGAUCUUGAAGUACCAGCUCUUAGGGAGUCCCCGCCUGCUCUGCGCGACACUCGCCAGUGCUCUCGGCCAGGAACUUGAGGAUGGGGAGCUCAUUGCACCAGCAUUGACCAUUGGCACCAAACUGCGUGAGUUGCCGCCGCAGAAGUUCAAUGCAGUCAACCCUGUGUCUCCCUUCUUCUUGACGGACAAAGACUUCAAGCCUCUAACAGAGCGGCUUCUUCCUAGCGUCGACGGAUUUGAAGGAGAGACCAUGGUUGUUCCCGCCAAGACGCUGCAAAAGCUGUUGGGAAGUUUCGUGCCCAAGGGCGAGGACUUUCCCGAUGUGUUGGAUUUCUUGGGCGAGGAGUACGGAAGCAUCGACACUGCGGAGUUGCACGACGCUUUUACUGCAGUGACAGACCUCAUCAGCGCCUAUGGCGAGGCCUGGGACCAUCCCAGAUGUCGGAAGAUGGCUGAUGCCUCGCAGCUUUGUGUAUUCUAG